UGUACUUACUCAGCUACCGCAACCAUGAAAGUCUUGGUAGUAUUUGCAUUGACAUUGGCUUGCGUUUCGGCAGCCAGCUUACCAGCAACUCCUGCUUUCUUUAAGGACAUAAAACGUCCCGAAAAUCGUAUUGUUAAUGGUAGUCCUGCACAUCCCGGUCUAUUCCCCUACCAAGUUGGCUUAUCACUUCACAUUGAAUACGGUUCAUUUUGGUGUGGUGGUUCUUUAAUUGGCAAAGAAUGGGUGUUAACUGCUGCUCACUGCACAUAUGAUGUACUGAAUGCAAUUGUAUAUUUGGGCAGCACUACUCGCACUGUGGCGGAAGUCACUUACAAUGUUGACCGCAGCGAUAUUUUCACACAUAGCGGUUUUAAUCUUCAAACUUAUGAAAAUGAUGUCGCUUUAAUUAGAAUUCCCGCAGUUGCCUAUAGCAAAUUAAUUCAACCUGUUAAGCUACCCGCUAUUUCUGCUUCAUAUCCAACCUUUGCUGGUACUUGGGGUACCGCCUCCGGUUGGGGCAACGAUAAUGAUUACGGUACUACUGUAGCAACCUUGAAUUUCGCUCAUCUUUUGAUUAUUACUAAUGCCGAAUGUGCUAAAACUUAUGGUGAUGUGGUGGUUAAUAGCGGUACACUUUGUGUUUCGACUUCUGGCGGUAGUUCUACUUGCCAAGGUGAUUCUGGUGGUCCAUUAGUUUCGGGCAAUACUAAAGAACUUCUUGGUGUAACAUCAUUUGGUUCGGCACUUGGUUGCGAAGCUGGCUAUCCAGUUGGUUUUGCUCGUGUCACUCAUUUCUUGGAAUGGAUUAAAGACCACACAGGCAUAUACUACUAAUUUAAUGUACAUAUAUAAUACUUAAUUGAAAUUAUUACGAUUAAA